AUGGCAGCGUGCACUUUCACACCCAAACAGAUCCUGAAGAAGGAGGUGUCACAGAGAGAAUACGAGUUCCUCCAAGAAUGGGCCCCGGACACUAUCAAGGACUACACUCCGAUCAAACCUGGCAAUCCGGUAGACAGGGUGCCCAAGCAUCAGACGAUGCCCAGCCAGCCACACGUCCAGAGCCCCCGACGGGCUAAACCUCGCUCGCCUCUCUACGAGGAAUGGAAGGCUCAGCCGCUACACAGAGAGACGUUAAAUGAGGCUGCAAAAGCCGCAGGCGCUUCUGUGAGCAUGGAGAAUAAAACUAACGGGAUGAUUCCUCCUGCUCCUACUACAAACGUCAGGGUUAAUGGCAGGCAUCCUAGUAACUCGUUGGACACAAAGAUCCGCCAGCAGGAGCCGGUAAAGAGUAGUCCUGUUUUACAUAAUCAUUAUGCGAAACCCACCGCUAGCACGAAUAACCGUGUUAUCGCGAACCCUGUCCCUAGUGUGGCAUCCAAGUCGGGAGUGCCCAGGCCUGGGCCAUAUAAACCUGUGGAGCAGAACAAUAAGAGGGUCAUGGUGAGCCAACGCAGGCCACCUCCACCGCCUUAUGUAUACACCGCACCGAAUCGUAAACAGUUUCGAAACGAUGACUUGAUCAGAUGGUCGGACGGGAUCAAGACUCUGAGCGGUGCUAUGGCCUACUUUCAACCUAGUUUCAUUCAAGACCCGUGGAAGGACAUGAAACCUGUUGUGACGAAAUUCCUUGAGCGAUACUGGUAA